UCUCCCGCACCCUCUGUCCGUUUUCAAGUUGCGCCUUCUCCCAGUAUAGUUGAAUGUGCCAAACAAACUAUAGAUUACACACACAUACAUUACCAGGCGGAAUAUAGAAACGGCAAUAAUAACCGAAAUGGGAUAAAUCUUCCGGAUAUACGACAGGAUUGUAUAAACAUAUGGAUCAAAGCUAAGAAGAGGUGCAUUCGCGGAUCGUUUGUAAGAGUGUCCAUUUUCUAAGAUUCUAGCUAGAACGAAGAUGCUUGAGGCAGGGAGCUAAAGGCCUCACCAGAGCGGAGUGCGUGCUAGAGCCAGGGGCUGGGGCCUGACCAGAGGCCCCUGAGAGGGUUGCAGGUCCAUGGGGACCAUGGGGGAUCCUGGAGGCUUCACCACCACAGGGGAGCGGGUGAACCCUGCCCACGUAAUGUUUGACCGCUUCACCCAGGCCUCCACCUGUAAAGGCACGCUCAAGGCCUUCCAGGAGCUCUGUGACCAUCUGGAUCUCAAGCCCUGCGAGUACCGGAUCUUCUACCACAAGCUCAAGUCCAGGCUCAACUACUGGAAGGCCAAGGCACUCUGGGUUAAGCUAGACAAGCGGGCAGGCCAGAAGGAGUACAAGAAGGGACGAGCAUGUGUCAACUCUAAGUGUCUGAUCAUUGGGGCGGGACCAUGUGGCCUGCGGACGGCCAUCGAGCUGGGCUUCCUGGGGGCCAAGGUGGUGCUGCUGGAGAAGAGAGACGCUUUCUCCAGGAACAACGUGCUCCACCUGUGGCCCUUCUCCAUCCAGGACCUCAGGGGCCUCGGGGCAAAGAAAUUCCACGGAAAGUUCUGCGCUGGAGCCAUCGACCAUAUCAGUAUCCGCCAGCUCCAACUGAUGCUGCUAAAGGUGGCCCUGCUCCUGGGCAUCGAGAUCCACGUCAAUGUGGAGUUCAAGGGUCUCAUCGAGCCCCCCGAGGACCAGGAGAACGAGAGGAUAGGGUGGAGGGCUGAGGUCCACCCCAGGACACACCCAGUCAACGAGUUGGAGUUUGACGUCAUCAUUGGGGCAGACGGAAGAAGAAACACGCUGGCAGGGUUCAGGAGGAAGGAGUUCCGAGGCAAGUUGGCCAUCGCCAUCACGGCCAACUUUAUCAACAGGAACACCACGGCCGAGGCCAAGGUGGAGGAGAUCAGUGGAGUGGCCUUCAUCUUCAACCAGAAGUUCUUCCAGGACCUCCGGGAAGCCACGGGAAUUGACCUAGAAAACAUUGUCUACUACAAGGAUGACACGCACUACUUUGUCAUGACUGCCAAGAAACAGAGCCUGCUGGAGAAGGGAGUCAUUCUGCAUGAUUAUGCAGACACAGAGAUGCUGCUGUCUAGGGCUAACGUGGACCAGGAGGCUCUUCUUUCUUAUGCCCGCGAGGCCGCAGACUUCUCCACCAACCACCAGCUGCCCACUCUGGACUUUGCCAUCAACCACUACGGACAGCCCGACGUGGCCAUGUUCGACUUCACCUGCAUGUACGCCUCAGAGAAUGCGGCGCUCGUGCGCCAACGCAAUGGACGCCAGCUACUGGUGUCUCUGGUGGGGGACAGUCUACUGGAGCCCUUCUGGCCCAUGGGCACUGGUAUAGCCCGGGGGUUCCUGGCAGCCAUGGACUCGGGCUGGAUGGUGAAGAGCUGGGCCCAGGGAAACACCCCUCUGGACGUGCUGGCUGAGAGGGAGAGCAUAUAUCGCCUGCUGCCUCAGACAACGCCAGAGAACAUCAGUAAAAAUUUCAGCCACUACAGUGUGGAUCCCACCACGCGCUACCCUAACAUCAGCCUCCACUUCCUCAGGCCCAACCAGGUACAACACCUCAUUGACACGGGGGAUUCAAGCCGUGAAAUGCGUAUCGAAAUGGAGAAUGUAGUGACCUCGUCAACACCCAAGCUCACCCGAAAUGAGUCCAUCGCUCGCUCCAGCAAGCUGCUGAACUGGUGUCAGAGACAGACAGAGGGCUACAGGAAAGUCAGUGUGACCGACCUCACCAUGUCCUGGAAGAGUGGCAUGGCCCUGUGUUCCCUCAUCCACCGCUACAGACCUGACCUCAUUGACUUUGACUCCCUGGACGAACGGGACCAACAGAAAAACAACCAGUUGGGCUUCGACGUGGCCGAGCGGGAGUUUGGAAUCUCCCCCUGCAUGACGGGCAAGGAGAUGUCCCAGGUGUCAGAGCCCGACAAGCUCUCCAUGGUCAUGUACCUCAGCCAGUUCUACGAGAUGUUCAAGGACACAGUUCCCCCUGGGGCCGGAGAUAACCAGAACAUGAGCCCUGAGGAGAAGGCUGCGUUGAUCAACAGCACUAAGUCUCCCAUCUCCUUCCUUAGCAAGCUGGGCCAGAGCAUCGCCAUAUCCCGCAAACGCAACCCCAAGGUUCUCCAAAGCAUCAUUGACAAGAAGGAGAAGGAUGUGGAUGGUUUGGGGAAGAGGAGGAAGACUAGCCAGGCUGGCCAUUCUGAAGAAGAGGAGGUUUUGAGGGGUAACCAUGAUGACAGGCCGUCCAACAGUACUGCUCUAAUGGAGAGGAAGAUGAAGGAAGAGACAGCAGCUGUAGGGAACCAUAACAAAGUCAAGUCCAUGGCCACCCAGCUCCUCGCCAAGUUUGAGGAGAAUGCUCCUGCAGAGUCCAAGGGCCUCAAACGACAGGGGGAUUCUCUGCCCUAUCUGGAUCUUCUUGUGGCACAGCCCCCUCCCCCGCCUCCGGCCCCCCUGGACCCCCCCAGGGAGUCUGUCUGCCUAGCUCUGGUCCCUGCAUGGAGACAGAAACAAACCCAACAGCAGGAGCAGCUCAGCUUUGGCUAUAAGGAGAUGUUCAAGUGUCAGACCCUCCCCAACAGAGGGGAGCAGCCAAGAAGCAGUACAGAGUCAACCUGUGGCUCACGGAGCUGCCCUAAGAAAACCAUUCUGCUCUCCUCCUCUUCCUCCACCUCCUCACUCUAUCUUCACUUACAGAAAUGGAAACCCGCGCAGCUUGACGAGCCAGAGCCUAUUCACAUCCCUAGCAUUCAGGAGAGGUCUGCGAGAUUAGUCGCUAAGUUUAAGGGUAAACCUGAGAAACCAAAGGAGCUAGAGCUUCUGCGCUCUGAUGACCAAAUGCUGUUACAUAGCCUUAGUAUACAGGAGAGGGCUGAGCAGCUUGCCUCGCAGUUUCAAAGCAAGCCGACAAAGCCACAGCCUAAGAGAAAGCGCUCACGUUUCUUUAUAGAACAGUGGCACCUGUCACGCAGCCAUAGCCCAGAGAGCCCCCUCUCCUCCCCUGAAACGCUCCGACAGAGAUAUUUAAAGAUGUACACAGGGGGAGUAAGCUUAUUGGCUGAUCAGAUAGCCAAUCAGCUUCAACCUCAGGAGGAACCCAAGCCCUUACUUGACGAGAGGGAAUUGGUGGAAUUGGGUUCCCUGAGGAAGGAGUUUCCCCAGAACAUCGGGGGCAGUGAUGUGUGCUUCUUCUGCCGGAAGCGUGUGUACGUGAUGGAGCGGCUGAGUGCCGAGGGCAAGUUCUUCCACCGUAGCUGCUUCAAGUGUGACUACUGCGGAACGACGCUUAGAUUGUCAUCCUACGCCUUCGAUGUGGAGGAUGGGAAGUUUUACUGCAAGCCGCACUACUGUUACCGCUUGUCUGGUCAGGCUCAGAGGAAGAGGCCAGCACCGACCUCUGCUCUGCUCAAUACAAAGGACAACCAGGCGUCCUUGCCCGUCAUGGUCACCGUGGACUCCCCGGGGAGGGGGGAGAUGGCAUCCCUGUCUCCCGCUGAGCGCCAGACCUCAGUCCCAGAGGUCAACGGGCUGCAGGAGCCCAGCCUGCCUAAGCGUCUGCGGGGCACGCCGGAGCGCAUCGAGCUGGAGAACUACCGUCUCUCUCUACAGCGGGAGGAAGAUCUGGAGGAGGUGCCCGAGGAGACGCUGGCUGAACACAACCUGAGCAGCGUGCUGGACAAGGACAAACACGCAGAGCUGGGCUCCAGCAGCUCUGAGUCUGACAUGGAGGAGGAGGACCAGGAGGAUGAGGACCAUGAGGAGGAGGAGCAGCAGGAGCCCCCCAGCCCCUCAGACCUGGGAGGGGUACCCUGGAAAGAGGCUGUGGAGAUCCAUGCUAAGCUGAAGACCGACAGCGACCCAGGGGCCGGGGGAGAGGACAGGGCUCAAAUUGUUAGAGACCUAAAGGUGGAGGAGGAGGAAGAGGAGGACGAUGAGGAGGAAUCGAGUGAUGAGGGGGAGUACUGCCCGUGGGAGAGGGAGCUCCAGUCAGGCGUAUGGCUGGAGAACCUCAAAGAUGAAGAGAAUACAGGUACAUUUAAAGCCAGAUACCUGCCGAUCCAGCAAGUGCCGCAGCCUGUGGAUCCUACAGUCAUUAAGAAUAUCAGAGGAGUCUCCGUGCUGUCGGAGGGGCCUCCUGCCUCAGCCUCCCAGCCCUCCUCCACAGCCCCCGCCAACACAUCCGCCCGUCAUGAGGCUGUGCGAGUCUGGUUGGAGUCGGUGUCUGGAGUAAUGGAUCAGUGCAUGUCUGUCUCUAACCACCAAUCAUGUCAUGAGACCUGUGAGGAUGAGGACCCGGAAGUAGAAGUUGGCAGCCAUGAUUUUGAGCCGGGCACCGAGAUGGAUCAGGAAGACAUACCCUCCGACGCCGAGGCUGAGGCUCUUCUACACCAGUCAGAGAUCAGUGAAGCGUUUCCUGAAGAGGACAAGAAGUCGGAAAGUCAGGGGCUCGCCUUCAGCAUUGAACAAUCUAGUGUCAGUCCAGUGAAGUUAGUUGGGGAAGUUGUGCUCUUGCCAGUCAAACCACCGACUCCACAGCCUGAUUCACAGAUGUCUCACCUCUCUCCCUGCCUGGUCAAAUCCCCUGGCAUGCACUUUUUCCCAGAACCUUUUCCACUGGAGGACAUCACAACACCACAGAGGACAUCUCAGACUCCCAAUGCCAAGAGCCCUCCAUACCCUGCACCCACUAUGUCCCCCAUCCGCUCCCCUGUUUGUUCCCCCGUCCAUUCCCCUAUCUGCUCCCAGCCUGUCCCACUGCUCGAAACCGUUACCACCAAAUCCCCUGUUAACUCUCCGUCAUGCUCGUGUCCCCCGACAGGGAACCCGCUGUCUCCCAUCUGUGCCCAGCCCCUGCCCUGCCAAGAGCCUUCCUCAUCCCUCACCUCCGACACCCCCGUCAGAACUCAGCCUGUCCCUGCAGUCACCUCCACGCCGCUGGUCAAACCAGCCUCAUCUGACAGGGCUAUCCCCGAGCCACAAAAAUCCCUAGACUCAUCAGACCUGGAAACCCCUGUCAAGAAGACGGACAUCAUCGAGGAGUUCUGGCUGAAGAGUGCAGAGAUCAGAAAGAGUCUGGGUCUCACCCCAAUGGAACGUAGCAGCAGCAAAUCCCCAGAGAAGAGUCCUGUUACUGUGGGUAGGGUUCCCACCCCGGACUCCUCUUCGCCCAAGUCCUACACCCCAGAGGACUUGUCGGAGCAGCUUUCCCCCUUCACCGGCCGCUCGGUAAUCCGCAGGCUUAACAUUACAGUGGAGGGCCAGGUCAUCUCCCCUGUGGAUCCCAAGAGCAAAGCCACGGAUCAAAGGGACCUAAGCAGCAGCUCUGGCCUGGGCCUCAAUGGCAGCACGACCACCAGCCAGACCAGCCAGGCAGCCAGCGACAGUUACAACACCUCCGACUCCACCAUGCUCACCCCGCCCUCCAGCCCCCCGCCGCCCCCACCCAACGAGGAGCCAGCCACCCUAAGGCAGCAGCAGAAGCACCAUGUCUCCUGGAACAAUGGGAUCGAUGGCCCCACUACACCUGAGCCAGCCAAGGCAGCACCCACCAAGAUCAAGAGCCCUGUGCCUGUACCGAGGACCCAACUCAGCCCUGUGUCUGUGCCCAAGCCUGCCCCCAGGGCUACACUGGUCACGUCACCAAUCACAGCUCCGGUCAAUGCUCCUGUGGUGAUCAUGAGACGGGAGAAGAGCAGCAAACCACGUCGGGAGGAGGUGAGGAAGUCAUUUGUGGAAUGCGUGGCAGAGAUCCCGUUUGCAGACGACGUGGAGGACACGUAUGACGAGCGGACGUCAGACACAACCAUGGACAGGUUCUACACCCCACCCACAAGCAGGCCCAACAGGGAGAGGGAGAAACCUCUUCACAUGGCCCUGGCUAUGGAGAAUGGAACAGCCAAUUUCCCCGGGAACCAGCAGGCCUCAAAAAACCAUAAGGCGCAGCAGUUCUCCCCUGAGGCCAAGGAAAUAGCUGAAGAGCGGAUGAGAGCCAGAGAGAAGUCAAUCAAGAGCCAAGCUCUAAAAGAUGCUAUGGCCAAGCAGCUCAGCAAGAUGAAAGAGACGGACAUGGCUAAGGGCUCUGCCGCAACUGCUAAAGUGGUGUGGAACAUGGCCUCAUCAGAGACAUCCGGAAAAAGUACUAAGAAGUUGUCCGGCUCGCCAAAAACAUCUGCGGUGAUUGCUCUGGAGUCAAAGAAGGCGGAGACUUUGCCAGAGCUUUUCUUCAGCAUUCAGGUUAACAAGAGUCUGGACGGCUCGACUGUCUCCUCUGACGGCUCCACCUCGGGAGGCAAGAGCAAGAAGCGCAGCUCCCUUUUCUCGCCACGCAAGAACAAGAAGGAGAAGAAAGCCAAGAACGAGAGCCAGCUCUCCUACAAGCACGGUGCAGACGAGACGCCGUCACCUCCCAAACACAAGUCCCUGUGGAAGGCAGUGUUCUCAGGGUACAAGAAAGACAAGAAGAAGAAUAAGGAUGACAAGUCGUGUCCCAGCACGCCGUCCAGCUCUACCACCAAUGAUUCAGGGAAGAAGAGAUCAUCUCCUCUCGAGAGGUCAUCAGAUUUGAAGUCGCGCCGAAACCGGAGCUUCUCUGAGGACUCAGAUCUGUCAUGUGAUGAUGUGCUGGAGAGGUCGUCCCUGAAGUCUAAGGCAGAUUCUGUUUAUGUCCCUCACGCAUUGGCGUUCAAGAGAGCGUACGCCACAAAGAAAACCUACACAGAGGAGGAGCUCAAUGCCAAGCUGACACGGAGGGUACAGAAAGCUGCCCGGCGACAGGCCAAGCAGGAGGAGUUGAAGAGGCUGCACAGAGCCCAGAUCAUCCAGAGACAGCUGGAGCAGGUGGAGGAGAAGCAAAGAAUGCUGGAGGAGAGGGGCGUGGCCGUAGAGAAAGCCCUGCGAGGGGAAGCAGACUAUUGGGGAGAGUCUAAUUACAGUGAAAUCAUGGACUUGCAUCUGGGCGUUGAGCUCUUUGUCGGGACCCCUCGCCGAAGACCUAUCUCCUUCUGUCCCUGCUGUUCCUCUGAAGGGAUGGGCAAAAAGGACGACCCCAAGCUCAUGCAGGAGUGGUUCAAACUGGUCCAGGAGAAAAACGCCCUGGUGCGAUACGAAUCUGAGCUGAUGAUAUUUGCACGAGAACUGGAGCUGGAGGAUCGCCAGAGUCGACUGCAGCAGGACCUGAGGGAACGAAUGGCAAUUGAAGACCACAUGAAGACGGAGGUAGAGCUGGCGCAGGAGAAGCACAUCCUGAAUGAGAUGCUGGAGGUGGUGGAGCAGAGAGACUCCCUGGUAGCCCUCCUGGAGGAGCAGAGGCUCAGUGAGAAGGAGGAGGACAAGGACCUGGAGUCUGUCAUGCUCUCCAAGGGCUUCAACCUCAACUGGGCCUGAGGAGGAGAGACUAAACUCACCAUCCACCGUAACUCAGAUAAUACACUACCCCUACUCUGUGUCAGGGCUCAGUGAAGGCCCAACCCACGGCCUCAUUCUUGGUCCCAGAUAACCCAGCAGAGAAUGUGUGCAGAAUGGAGUUGUUCCAUUACGGCUCCUCUGUUGGAGCAGUCUAUAAUGUUUACAUAUCUACCCUGCCACCAGCCAGGCAUCAUUACCUCAAAUGAUAUCUCCCCUCACUAUCAAAUCACGGUGGGAGGAGCAACUACAGCCUGGACUUUCUCAGAACUUCAGAAGUUCUUGGAGCGGUUCUCCAGAAUGGGGAACAAUGUUUUAUUAUUUCUUUUAAUCUCAAACACGCAAAGGGAAGAAAGAGGUUAGGUCCUGCUGAUGUAAAGGAAUUCAAUGAAUGAUACCUGUUUCAAUGUACUACAUGUGUAGAACACGACAUAUUAGCAAAGCAGGGUUUUUAGAUGAGGGUCGGCCCUUGACCUAUUGACUGUUACAGGGUUUCUGUGGGAAGGGGAGGAGUGGUCUCACUCUCAUUCUAACAGUCUCAACCUAACCUCAUAACAUACUCUACUAUUGUGACUGCUGACUGGGGAGGGACAUCCUCUCCUUUAGCUGCCUUUCACUCCAAUUACACAUUGGCUUCCACAUUCUGAGGAGCCAAUAAGGAUGAGACUCUAAAAGUCGCAUCAUUUUUUUGCACAGAGAUUCACCUGAAGAGUCAACACUAAGGAUCAAUGGAAUCUGGUCACUUGGUUGUUUUGUAUUUAUUCGCUUGGUUUUGAUAGAGAACCUGAAUGAACUGUUUUUGGUAUUUUCCAUGUUCACGGAGGAGAGUGCCUGAACUGGAGGCUCGACGGAUUGCACAUCUGCUCUCUUUAUAACAUUGACUGCAAGGAAAUCAACUCAAAACUCCAUCACCAAGAAGCCAUUGUGUAAGGUGGAGGCUGCUGCAGGCUCAGAAAAAUAUCCUGCGUUACAUUGUCUUUGACUCUGAAAGUUGUGCUGGUGUGAAUAGUUAACCUGUAGCAUAGAUUCAUUGACACAUGUAUACUUCAGCAAGCAACCCACUUGACACAUCUCUUGGUGCCCUAGUUCUGAGUGAUCAUGUGGCUUCUCCAUACCAUGCCAUUCACCAUAAAUCACACUGAUAUUUCAUUUUAUAAUCAGUAGCCCUUAUUCAAUACUAAUUGGCAUAUACCAUGAAAUGUCCUCAGUGUAGGUUAAACAGUGAAGAGAACAACGUUAGGGGCAGUGUCUUAUUGGGCUUACACAGUAUCAAUACAUCGUGUUAUCAUAAUACCAUAAGUGAACUGACAUCACUAACUGGUGUCAUGAGACACUUACGUCAGUGGAUAUGCUUCAAUAUGGAAGUUCUAAACCAUAGAACUCUGGCUUCGCUAUCCCUGGGGCUGAGGUACAUUACCUGCUUUUUCCCUUCUGUUUUAAUAUUUUAGUUCUUUUUAGGGUUUAAACUUUUAUGUAUCCCACCAGAGGUACAUUUUUAUGUUGUGUUUUUUGGUAAAAUCCUUUCAUACAACUACAGGUUGUCAAACAGCAGUUAUGAGUAGAAGUGGAGACAGGAAGGUUGCUCUAAACUACUUCUAUUCUGUCAGUCACAGGAGCAUGUGCUUUUGUUUGGCAUUUGACCUUACUAGCCUUUCUGCCAAACUGUAAAUCUCUGGUUGGUCACAGUUUUAUAUAUUUUUCUGUAUUGAUAGAUACAUACACUGAGAAUUUGUGUAAGAAUUAAACGGAGCUGUGAAUACAAAAAAGUUACAUCAUUUCAAGGCUGGUUUAGAUGGUGUGUGAUAAGUUUGACAGAUUUUAUUGAUAUUUAUAAACAAGUGUGCAAAAAUGUAUCAUAUGUAAAGAAAAAUGAAUCCUAAUUUUUAAAACUGUAUGUUGACACACACAACGAAUAUGUAAAUGCUGCUUUAUUUAGCCAAAAUGCAUAGGGUGUUGGAUGUAUGCUGAAACGGCAAUAAAGCGGUUGUUCAUUUAGAAACGCAUGUCUCCUUUUAUGUGUAGGCUUCUGUAUAAACUUACUACAACUAUGAUUUUAUGAUAGAAAUGUGAAUAUUCACCUUAUUAAUGACUGUCCUGCAUAGUAGGCUUCCCCCUGUCAAUUCCACUUAUUUGGUCUAUUCCAGAACUAGCACACCUGAAGAAAAGCUGAUCUUGAUUAUUUGCCCAAUUCAAACCAGGAGUGCUUCUUUUAUGGCAUAUUAAAUAAGUGCAACGUUCUCAGAAUCUUCCCAACAUGACAGUAUGUGUUACAUGAACCUGGCGACUAAUUAAUUAAAGGAUGUUUUCACUGUUUUUUACUGUACGACAAGGGCAAAACCUGGCAUUUAGUUUCUUCACACACUGACAGAUUUGAUCAACUUGCCGGUUGAAAACUCCACUCCGAUAUUUCUGUGUAUCCAGUAUUCCAGCGGGGCCAUAUCUGUAACAAGGUGUGGAUGUCUGCAGACGAGACACUUUUUUUUUUAAACAUGCAAGACAGCUAAGCAGAAAUGAUUGCAUCUUGUUUCUGGGACUGUCAGGUAAGAUGAGCAAUGCUGCAUGGUAUGCAUUGUAUUGCAUAGCAUUUGUUUAAGUUCAAUAGUCCAUAAUUAUAUAUUAUAAGGAAAGUUAAAGUGGUCAUGUUGCUUCCUUGCAUAAGCUAUUGCGCAGAGGUUUACAGUAGAUGGCUACAUUUUACACCAUUGCAGUGGCGACCCUUCAUUCAGGGCAGCUGGGGUUUGCCUGUUUUGCAUGUUAUUUUGGCAUUAAUACAUGUCACACAUCAGUUUGCACACAAUGUAAAAAAUAAUAUAUCAUUGUAUUAAUAAAGCCGCGUACAAACAUGG